UAUAACCCCUUCCAACACUAGCUAAACUCCAACCACAUUGUUAAACCAAGUUCACUCUAUAAAUUAAGCUGCAUAGCUAAAAAUUUGUGCCACACACCAACCCAAGUGAUGAUAAUGAAAACCCGUUUGGUCCUGUUCUUGCUUCUAGCUCUUGUCACCUUCAUCAGCAAUGCUAACACUCUCCCAAUCAGUCCUCAAUUGAGCCAACAGAAAAGGCCUGAUAAUGAAACCAUAUACAGGGUGUCGAAGCAACUAUGCUGGGGUUGCAUGGCGGAGUCGGUAGAGUUCUUGUUCAGGCACAACUUGGUGAGAGCAAGCAAGUGGGAGCUUCCACUGACGUGGGACUUUGAGCUGGAGCAGUACGCGAGGUGGUGGGCCGGUGAAAGGAAAGCAGAUUGUAAACUGGAACAUUCUUUUCCGGAAAAUGGUUUCAAGCUUGGAGAGAACAUUUUCUGGGGUGGUGGCUCGGCGUGGACACCUUCUGAUGCUGUGAGAGUGUGGGCUGAUGAAGAGAAGUACUACACGUAUGCCACUAAUUCCUGUGUUCCGGGUCAGAUGUGUGGCCAUUACACUCAGAUAGUGUGGAAGAGCACCAGAAGAAUCGGAUGUGCACGGGUUGUAUGCGACGAUGGAGAUGUCUUCAUGACUUGUAAUUAUGAUCCCGUGGGCAAUUAUGUUGGAGAGCGACCCUAUUAAAUUAUAUAAACUAUGUGUGCUUGUAUAUUAGAUUUAUAUAAACUAUGUGUGUGCAUGAUUAUGCAUGUAGCUAGAAUGAAAAAACAGUGGUAGAUUAUGUAUUGCUGAACUGCUUGCUAUUGUGAGUGUGAAUUGAGUAUAAAUUGUACUAGUAUAUAUACAUGAGUGGGAUAAUUUUGUGGAAUUGAUUAAAUUAAUCAUUAAGCAGUACUUGGGGCAAUAAUAAAUCAAAGUACAAAAGAAGUGAGUGUUGCUUCUUGUUAAA